AUGCCGGUGCCUAUCGGCAAUCCCGGGGACCUACUGUACACAUGCAUUCUCAAGAACGCGUGGGGUGCGGAGGUGUCUCCGCUGCACGACGUGCCCCUAUUCUCCUCUUCCGCCAGUUUCCACUUCGUCUGCCUCUGUCCACGUGGCUCCACGUACGACAUGGCCAUUUCGUUAACCGAACGUCUCAGCCCGUUAAAGUCUCGCCUCGUUAACAGAAACCUCUCGCGCUUGUCAGAGCCAUCUCCAUGGCAUUUCGGCUUGCUGCCGCAGACCCUAGCAAACGAGGAAUUUCCAUCGGAAGUUGCCGGCUUGUCGAACGACAACCAGCCGCUCGAUGCGAUCGAAUUAGGGUUCGGCGUGCGACAGGUGGGCGACGUGUACGAGGUGCGACCCAUCGGCGCGUUUGGGCUCGUCGACCCGCUCACCAGGGCGCUUUCGUGGAAAGUUCUGGUGGUAGCGUGGGACGACCCGCUGUUCGGGCGCGCGACGGGCCUGGACGACGUGGAGUCGCUUUUCCCGGGGGUCACGGAUCGCUUGCGCACAUGGCUCGCGCGCUACCGCUCGAGGCCGGGACGAGCCCCCAAGGCGCAGGCGGUGUUUGCGCAGGGCGGGCGGCCGGCGUCCCCCGACACGGUGAUGCGCGUAGUGGCGGAGGCGAACGCGUGCUGGCAGCUCUUCAAGGCCACGCGCUGGCCCGACGCGCCCGCGCUCCCCGCCGCUGCUGCCGCUGCGCCCACCUACGACCAGCCGCAGCAGCAGCAGCAGCAGCAGCAGCAGCAGCAGCAGCAGUGGGAAGAGGAGGUGCGGGUGGGAGCAGGCGGAGUGGCUUCGAGUCGCCGGCGGCGCAGCAGCCGCGGCAGCAGCGUGAGCAGUGGCGCUGGGAGCGGGGGUGGGGACAGCGGAAGCGUGGUGGAGUGGGGCGGGGGAGCACAGGUGCUGCGGAUAGAGGGGGCGAUGGAGGGCGAGAGAGAGGCGGGCGCGGGCGCGGAGAGACGCGGGAUGGAGAGGGGCGCAGGAAUGGACGGGUGGAGGGGCAGGGGGGGUGGCAUGGCGCAAGCAGGUCCAGCUCUUGACGCGGAUGCGCGUCACGGUGUUGACCGUCAGUUUGAGCGGCUGAUGCAACCUGAGCUGUCGGACGCUGCACGCGCUGACAGCUUCGCGCACCGCUCGUUUGAAGAACACCACCAUCCCUACGAAGAGUAUUCGUUUAGCGAGCACUCGUUAGUGGAUCACUCGCGAGACAGCUCGUUAGACGGAGGAGCCGUGCAGCGGCGCGCACUGGGAGGCGAAGCGGGGUGGGACAGCCCCGACAGAACCGCCGCCUGGGCCGCGCAAGACGCCCGCGCGCACGCCGCGGAAGGGAGGGGGAUCUGGGAUGGGGUGAGCGGGGGGAGGGAUGUGCCAGGCGGAGUGGAGGGGGGAGGGGCAGGGGAUUGGCGCGGGGCGCAUGGGGGGGGGCGGUUGGAGGACGGGGUGGCGGCAGGCGCGCGGGAGCUGAGCUUUGCACGGGGCGUGGCUCAUGGUGGGGCGGGCUGCGACGAUGGGCAGCGAGGGGGUGAGUGGCGCGGGGCGGAGGGAUUCUUUGAUGGGGAGCGCGCGGAGGCGGGUGGAGCGGCGGAGGCAGAGCGGGAUGGGGGGACGUUUGGGAGGGGUUCAGGUGGGUUCGGGGUGCUAGAGGGUCCGCGUGUCGAUUUUCAGAUGGCGUGGGGUGCGAGGGACGAGGGGGACGAGGGGGACGUGGAGGAUGAUAGGGGCGCGGAGGACGAUAGGGGCGCGACCAUGUGGCACUCUGAUGGGUAUGCACGCGGUUAUACCACCUCCGAUGCUGACACUAGCGCGUGGGAGGGGCGCGAGGGGGACGACGGGGACGAGGAGGAGGAGGAGGAUGAAGAAGAGGAGGAGGAAGGUGAGGAAGAUGAGGAGGGAGAGGAGGAAGAGGGGGAGGAUGGUAUGUCGGUGAUGGAAAGGAGUGUGGAUGGGGAGGAGGAGAGGGGAGAGAGUGGCGCGGAGGAGAGUGCGGAGGGAAGUGAGGGGAGUGAGGAGGGGAGUGAGGAGGGGAGUGAGGAGGGGAGGGAGGAGGGGAGGGAGGAGGGGAGGGAGGAGAGCAAUGGGGAUGAGGGGUACAGAGAGGAGCAUGGGCAGGAGGGCGUAUGGAUGGGCCGCGCGCGAGACGGGAUCGUGGAUGAGGCUGGCAUGGGCGGCGGCAUGAGUGGGGACGCCGCCAGUAGCCCCACUGCCGCGCACCCUCCGCUCCCCUCCGCGCUGCACCCGCUCUUCAACCACGCGCACGCCCACCCCUCUGACCGCCGCCGCUCCUUCCCCCUCCACGCGCACCGCCACUCGCUCUCCCACAUGCACCACAUGCGCCUGCCGCCACACCAGCGCCAGCAGGCGCAGCAGAGGGCGCAGGCGGGGGUGGGCGCGGAGCGCCAGAUGCACAGGCAGGGCGCAUUAGACGAUGGCGCCAUGGCGGGCAGGGAAGGGUGGAUGGAGCCGAGCGGCCAAGCAGGGGCGGAGGGCGGGGUGGCGGGCGCAGGGGGCGGAAGGGUGUUCCGCAAGGCCAACUCCAGCUCGCCCCGCACGCUCAACCGCCCCUCCUCCGCCUCCAGCAGCCCGGGCAACGCGCCUGCGCGCCCCCCGGGGCAGGGGGGCGCGGCGCUGGAGCGCCCACUGGCGCCUCUGAGGAGAGACGCGGCGGCGCUCAUCCCGGGGCUGCUGAGGGCGCGGGGGAACGCGCAGGGGCGCAUCAUGCGCUCCCAGUCGCUCUGCCAGGGCGCGUUUGGGGACGUGCUGGGCGCCCAGAGCAGCGGAUCGCCUGGGGACCCCUCCCAUGCUGCUGGCGGUGCUGGUGGUGCUGGUUGUGGUGCGGUGGGUGGGGGUGCAGAUGGCAGCGGGGAGGUGCUGGAGCGGUCGAGGUCGUUCACAUCCGCGGAUGGAACUGGAGGGGUGCCGCAGUGGGUGCAGCAGCGGCUGCAGCAGAACAUGUGGCAGGAGCAGGCGGGGCUGCGGCAGCAGCAGUCACAGCAUCACCACCAGCAGCAGGAGCUGCAGCUGCAGCAGCGGCAGGAGCAGGAAGAGCAGCAGGAGGAAGAGCAGGAGGAGCAGGAGGGGAGCAGAGGGCGCAUGGCAGCACACGGAGCAUGGAUGCACGGGGAGCAGCAGGCGUCAGUGCCGCCACUCCCCCCUGCACCCGCCGCUACAAGCGCGCCCCCCAUGCCUCCCCGCUGGCCCCCCAACGCCCACUCCCCCUCGCCCGCCUCUGCAGUCGCACGCUCCUCCUCAUCCCCCGCGCACGUCCCUGUUCCACCCGCUGCCACGGCUACCAUUCCCCCCCAGCACCACCCCCCUGCCCCACAGCACCACAUGCGGCGAUCUCGCUCCAUGUCCCAGUCCGCGUUCGGCCCGUCCCUGCCCUUCCUCUCCCUCGCCCACCCCUCCCAUGCUCUCUCCCUUGCCUCCGCGCCACCGCCGCUGCCCCCGCCAUCACAGCAGCAGCAGCAGCAGCAGCUGGUUUCCCCGUCCCGUUUAAAACUCUCUCAGAGCUACAAUGCUGGGGAGGGCACCGUCCCUUCUUCCUCCCCUGCUCACACACACAACCUCACCCAGCGACCCCUCUCACAAAUGCAGCGCCGCCACACCCUCCCCCCGCGCGUGCUCGAUGGCACCCCUGGGGGGGUUGUAGCAGGCGGGGGAAAGGGGAGCGGAGCGGAGGGGGAGCAGCAGGGGGAGUCUGAGCGCGGGGGAGGCAGUUGGGGUGAUCGGACGAAAGGGGGAGAGGGCGAGGAGGAGGACGAGUUUGUGAGGGCGGCAGCAGCAGUGUCAGGGGUGGAUGUGCUGGUGCUGGGGAGGGCAGCGCGGGGCACAGGCGUGAGCGGUCCAGCAGAGAGCAGCAGCCGGGGCAUGCUGGGGAUAGUGGGUAGAGGGGGAAUGGGGGGAAUGGCCAGCAGCAUUGCAGAAACAAGCGGAUUGAGGCAAAACUUUCAGUCGCAUUCGCAGCCAGCCUCCCCCCCGGUCCCUCGCACCCUCGACCCCUUCUCUUCUGCAAUCGCAAGCAGUGCGGUGCAGAUGGGCGCCAGGAGUGCCGGCAUGGGUGCAGGAGUAGCAGUGGCAGCAGGGCGUGGCGUGGGCAGGGGAAGGGGAAUGAGGGCGCGGAGCAUGUCAGGUGACUUCUCACACAUGUCCAUGCUCGCACUCCUGGGCACGCAGACACAGCCACAGGCACAGCCGCCACCUGUGCCCCUAGUCGCACAGGCACAGCCCGCCGACGUCCCCUCUUUCCAGCGCGCACAGAGCCCAGUGCCCUCAGCAGCAGCAGCAGCAGCAGCAGCAGCAGCAGCAGCAGCAGCAGCAGCAGCAGCAGCAGCAGCAGCAGCAGCAGCAGCACGACCAGCAGCAGCAGUAGGAGGCAGUGACGGCAGCGCAGGUGCCCCGACAGGUGAUGGUAGGAGCGGGCAAGGAGCAGGCGUGGAAGGAGGAAGAGGGGGAGGGGGAGGGGGAGGGGGAGGAGCAUCAGGGGCAGCAGCAGCGGCGGCGGGGGAAGGCGAGGAGGAGGCGGGAAUGGUGUUUCAGCGCUCCAUCAGUCUGUCGGCACGCCUCUUUGCAGAUAAGGACGCCAUGGCCGCCCCUCUCGGAGUCCCUGUAGGAACUGUCAUGGGAGCGGCGGGGGGAGGGGCGGAGGGGCGGGGAGGCGCUGGGCGGGAGGGCGAGGCUGGAGGGGCGCCCAGUGCGCCCGUAGAGGGUGUGAGAUCAGAAGGCGGAGGGUCCGGGCGGUUGAGUGCGGUGCCAGGCGGUGGUGGCAGGGGGCGGGGCCGCGCGGGUGCGAGGCGGCACAUGCGGUUUGCGAGUGUGGACCUGAGCCGUGCUGCGGACGGUCUGGGCUUUCAGGUGAGCAGCCUGGUAGGGGAUGAGCCAACGGUCCACCCGCCUCAGCUGCCAUUCCUGCAGCCACGGCCGCCGCCACAGCAGGCACAGCAGCCGCAGCAGCAGCAGCAGCAGGCGCAGCAACAGAAGCAGCAGCAGCAGCAGCGGCGGCGGCAGUCCCCUCUUCAUCCUGCUGCCUCCCCCAUGCGCCCCCGCCCCCCCUCAGGCUCGCCCGCCUCUGCGCGCCCUGCACUCUCCCACGUGCGCCACCCGUCCUACAUCUGGCCCCACGUGCACUCCGCCCCCCCCGCCCCCCCAGCCAGUGCAGCGCCGGCAGCAACGGCGAGUGCGGGUGGUGGGGCAGGCGAGGGGGAGGUGGGUGGUGGCUCUACCAAUGGACGGGCUGGGGCAGGCACUAGGGGAGGGAUGGUGGCAGCGGCAGGGGGGGCAGCAGCAGCAGCGAGCGCAGGAGGUGGCAGUGCUGCUUCCGCUGCUGCGGGCGGCCGUGCUGCUGCUUCUCCUGAUGCUCCUGCUGCUGCAGCAGCGGUGUGUGGUGCUGGCAGUACUGGCGGUGCUGGCAGGGGCUCCGGUGUGGGUGACACAGGUGAAGCAGAGGGGGGAGUGUCGUCCCCCCCCAGCAGCAGCGGGGGCGAGUGGGAGCAGUCUCCAGACCACCUCUUCAUGCGCCACCAGACCACCCCCUGCCGCCUGCAGGGCGCUCACGCCCACGAGAACGCCCACGCGCACAGCCUGGCACUGUCCCCUGCUGCUGCCCCUGGCAGCGCGGCAUCGCUGGUCUCAGAUGGGCCGGGGUCGGAGGCGGGUAGCUCGUGGGGUGAUGGCGAGCAGUGGGAGGCACACAUGGCGCUGCACGGGGGUGCGGGGCAGGCGGGUGGGGCAGAGGGGCAUGCGGAGGGGCAGUGGCAUGGCGGGCAGCAGCAGCAGCAGCAGCAUGAGCGGCAGCUGUCGCCUCUGAAGCCGCGAGACGCAUCCCCACAGGCGAACCUGCAGCAGGUCCCGCCUCACCACCAGCAGGCCGCGUCGGCUCUGCACACACCGCCCCGCCGCUCCCCCCUGCAGCAGCAACAGCAGCAGCAGGGACAGCAGGGGCAGGCGCAGGGUCGCACUGCUGCUCCAUCGCUCACCGCACCCUCUGCCAUCCCGCACACUCUCUCACCUGCCCGCUCGCCUGCUCAUGCCACCUCCCAUGCUCCUCACCUCACUCCCCUGCAGCGACAGCAGCAGCAGCAGCUGCAGAAACUGCACCAGGCACAGACCGCCCCGGCAGCACAGGGGGGAUUCCGUAGCAUGAGUGUGGGCGCCGCACACCACACCUCACAAUAUACCUCCAAACCCUCUCAACCCGCCCUCCCCCCAGCCUCCCCCCAGCGCCCUAUUCCUGGCUUCUCCCCUCUGAUUGCCGCCCGCAAUUCCAUGUCUGCGCCAGCCGGGCAGAUGAAACACCGCAAGUCGGGCAGCUUCGACAAAGGUUCAGGGAAGCGGCGGGUUCCGGGCAGCCUGGGGAAGCUGAGGAUGAACAAGGAAAGGGGGUGGUGGGGUGGCAGCCCAGGGUCCAUCUUCUCCCGCUCUGCCACCACUGCUGCACCCUCCUCCUCUUCUGCCCACUCCACCGACCCUGAUGCUGACUCCCAUGGGCCCUCCAAAGGCAACUGGCGGCGCCUCGUGGGCAAGCGGGCAGGCAGCCCGCAGCACGGCAGGCGUGGCCACGGGGGCAGCAGCAGCAGCGGGCAUGGAGGGGUGGUUUCACGCGCCGCGCGUGCGGUGACGGUGUUUAAAGCCGGGCACAAGGGGGGCGUGGGGCACAAGCUGGGGUUCAAGGGCAUGGGGGCGGUGAGCCUGCCCCUCAUGGGGGGAGGAGGGGGAAGCCACGGGGGGAUGCAGGACGGCAUGAGUCUGCUGAGUGCAGGCGAAGAGGCCGUGGCCCUGGCACUGGCAGCAGCGGCGGCAGCGGCAGCGGCAGCAGCGGCGGCGGAGGUGCCGUGGGUGGCGAUGGUGGUGCCAGGGGAGGAGGGCGAGGGGAUGCUGCCGUCAUCCCCGCAUGGGGGGCUGUCGUCACCGCUGCCGUUCAAGGCGGGCAACGAGUGGGCGAUGGAGGUGCGCGCUCGCAUGCAGUGCGAUGAGACUGCCAGUGGUAACUAUGAGCUUUGGGACGAAGAGCUCGCUCCUCCUGCUGCUCCUGCUGCUGGUGGUGCAGGCGGGGAGGAGGGCGCACCAGUAGCAGGAGAUGUGGCAGGAGCAGCAGUGGCAGCAGAAGGUGGGAAGGAGGGGGCAGCAGGAGGUGGGGGAGAUGAGCGGGUGGGGCUGCAGAACAUGCUGGUACUGGACCUCUACCCCGCCCUCUCCCCCCUCGUGCUCCACGCCCGCAAGGCACCCCGCCCCCCUCAUGCUGCUGCUGCUGAUGCUGGUGAUGGUGAUGGUGAUGGUGAUGGUGAUGGUGAUGGUGGUGGUGAUGGUGGUGGUGAGAUUGAAGCAGAAUCCAGGGGGGAUGGGAGUGGCGGGGAGGCGCAGCAUGAAGGUGAGGGAAUGGGGGGGAAGAUGGAGCAGGUGAAUACAGGGGGGGAUGAUGGAGAGGCAGGUUCAGGUGGGAUUCAUGAGGAGGUUAGCAUCGCAAUGCUGGAAAGCAGUUCAGCACAGGAGAGUCAAGGCUGUGGGCAGGUGAUAUCUGGGGAAGCUGCACCUGUGCUAGCUGGUGCAGGAAUAGACCAGGAGGCAAGGGCUAGUUUGAAAGAGGUUGCUAUUUAUCAGCCUGUGCUUGUAUAG